CUUUAUAGACAUCUGAACUGUCCCUACAGACAUUGGACCCCUCUGCUACUAGGGUUCUACUGUUUUUUCCUAACUAAAAACCCCUUCUUUAACAGAAGCAUAUACUUAUUAUUCUCCUCCUUGUACAUUGAAAACUCCACACAUAGUAAAAAAAAUAUAUGUAACAAAAUCUUGGCGGAGUUUUCUAUAGUUAAUAGCUUAUGAUUUUGUCAACAAGUUUUGAUCUUUUCUAAAAAAGCUUUCUUUUUGUGGGAUUAACUUUGAUAAGGGAAUUUGGGUUUUGGUUUUCUUUGUAAAAAUGGCAGUAGUGGGAGAUUUAGCUUUGAUGGGGACUAAGAUUAAGUUAAUUGGUAAAUUUGAGAAAAGGGUAUUUGGUGUUCCACUUUCUUCAAGUACAAGAUUUAGUUUUUCUCAUGUUAAAAACUUGGAUGUCAGAAAAUCAAGAACUGCAGUCAGAGCAGUGAUGCAAGUUGAGAAAAUUCAAAGUUCAGGUGAACUGAAAGAAGGGUCUUUAGGCUUUGAUGUUGUGUCAGAAAGGGAGCUUAAAGAAAAUGGAUUUUUGGGGUUAAGGAAGACAAAGCUUGUGUGUACAAUUGGACCAGCUUGUUCUUCUAUAGAUGAGUUGGAGAAAUUGGCUAUUGCAGGUAUGAAUGUGGCUAGGCUAAAUAUGUGUCAUAACUCAAGGGAGUGGCAUCAAGAUGUUAUUAGAAAGAUUAAGAAGUUGAAUCAAGAAAAAGGUUAUUGUGUAUCAGUUAUGAUUGAUACAGAGGGGAAUCAAAUACAAGUUGAUCAUGGCUCUUCAUCUUCUGUCAAAGCAGAGGAGGAUUCAAUCUGGUACUUUACUACAGAGAAGUUUGAAGGUUCUCGUCCAUUUACAAUUCAAGCAAAUUAUGAAGGUUUUUCUGAAGGUGUCAAUUCUGGUGAUGAAAUUGUCAUUGACGGAGGAAUGGCAACUUUUGAAAUUAUAGAGAAAGUUGGUAAUGGUUUGCGCUGCAAGUGCACAGACCCCGGUCUACUUCUGCCUAGAGCUAAGUUGAGUUUUUGGAGAGAUGGAAAGCUUUUAGGAAGAGAUUAUGAUCUCCCGACUUUAUCAACAAAGGAUUGGUCAGACAUUGUAUUUGGAAUAUCUGAAGAUAUCGAUUUCAUUGCAGUUUCAUUUGUAAAAGACGCGGAGCCAAUCACACAUCUGAGGGACUACCUCUCAAUUACAUCCUCCAAGGCAAUAAAAGUGUUGGCAAAGAUAGAGAGCCUAGAGUCUCUCCGAAGGUUGGAAGAGAUUGUUGAGGCUUCCGAUGGGAUUAUGAUAGCAAGGGGAGAUCUAGGAGUUGAGAUUCCACUUGAACAGAUUCCAUCUGUUCAGAAAGAUAUUACUUAUGUUUGCAGGCAGCUCAACAAGCCCGUUAUCGUGGCCUCUCAACUUCUAGAGUCAAUGGUCGAAUACCCCACUCCAACUAGAGCAGAGGUUGCAGAUGUUUCUGAAGCGGUACAACAGUAUGCUGAUGCAUUAAUGUUAUCUGGUGAGUCAGCCAUUGGAUCAUAUGGAAUGAAGGCUCUUUCUGUCUUGCGCACAACUAGCACCCGAAUGGAACAAUCAUGUCGCGAAGAGAACAGGCAAACUUUAUUGCAUCAGCGCAAACUUGGAGCAUCUUUACCAGAUCAAAUUGCUGAGCAAAUCUGCAAUUGUGCAGUGGAAAUGGCUGACAACCUAGGGGUGGAUGCUAUAUUUGUGUACACAAGGCAUGGGAAGAUGGCAUCUCUUCUCUCACGCAAUCGUCCAAAUCCUCCAAUAUUUGCCUUCACAAACGACAACAGCACACAGAUGGCUCUCAAUUUGCAAUGGGGAGUUACUCCCCUUCUCACUGACCUUUCAGACGACAUGGAAGGAAACGUUAAGAAAACAGUCGAACUUAUAAAAGCAAAGGGGAUGAUAAAGAAGGAUGAUGCUAUUUUGGUGGUAUCAGAUAUCAUUCUAAUUUCUACUGCCAGAACAAUUUUCCAGUCCAUUCAGGUUAUGACCAUAACAUAGGAUAUCUUAGAUAUUGCAUUAUGGUUUCUUGUAUGUUUGGAACAGAAACUCCUUUUACUAUUUUGAUAACACCUACUUUUGUUGUAUGCCAUAUUCUAUUCUGUUUAGUUUUUGUUUUCUACUUCAAA